GAGCAUUCAAACAGUUUACAUAUCCCCUACCAAAACAACACAACAAAAAUGUGCGUAGAUAUCGCCACCGCCAACAACAACAAAAUGGAAAUCCUCAACAACCACCACAAGAAAUUUGCCGCUUCCUAUAGCAUCAAAAAAUUGCUGAAGCAACUUUUCAAACACCACAAAUCCCAAAAAUUGGCUGAGCUACAAAAUUUGGAAAAUGCCAAAGAAGCUGCCUCCUUGGAAUCUCUCGAAUCGCUGGAAAAUCAAUGCAAUGCCCAUCUUGAAUUUGAAGCCACCUCCUUGGAAUGCCAUGAAAAUGACAUUAAUGAACGUCUCUCGUCCAAACAGCAGUCCUAUGAAUUGGAAGAUUAUGAUUUCAGUGAAAUCAAUGCCGUUGUCCCGGUUCAUUUUAUACGCACCGCCGAAGGUACCUUCUUCUGGACCACCAGCUCUGAUGUGCCAGCCGACAAUGAUUUGCCUCAACCCAUGAGCUGUGCCACCUACAAUCAAUUGGCCAGUUGUAUGCAAGAUCGUUGGGCCCAAGCCUAAAUUCAGCAACAACAACAACAGUUCCUGCUUCCUUCCAUCAACCUGAAGCCUGUAAAUCUGUGCCUUCCUCCAAUGUCUUCCACAUCAAAACUUCAAUGGUUUCUGUUAAUUUUCAAGGAAAAUUUAACAUGAAACUCCUAUCUCUAGAAAAAAUAGCUUUAACAAAAGAAAAAAACAACAAAAUUAUUGUGAUAUUAUUUAAGUAAUUUUUUUAAGAAAAAAAAAAAAAAACAAA